CCAGCCCACGCACGCACACCGCCCUCCCCUCGCACCAGCGCCUGCACCGUGUCUGCGCGGCUGCGCUCCUGCCGGCUCCAGCUCCGUCCUCUCACUCGCUCCAGCGGAGGCGCUUGCACGCGCGGUUGUUGCCACUGAUACCCACUUUCACAGUGCGUCCGUGGGAAGUCAGUGUCUCCCAGUGUCUCUGUCCUCCCCGUUUUUGCGCUUUGAUAAACUAACAGGGACGCGAUAACUACUUUUUUUUUUUUUUUUACACCACCACCCCCACCACCCCCCUCAUUCGCUUUUUCCCCCCGAAGCGUCUCCCGUUCUCCCCGGUGCCGCUGCGCUCCAGCCAGAUCUGGCCAGCGCCUCUGAUACUUUCAAAAGUUUUCGGUUUGUUGUGAGGAUAAGAAAUAAAACAGAAAAGAAAGAACAGAGCAAGGCGGAAACCAGAAGCGGAUUGUGCCACUGCGAGGGAGUUUCUCCUUUGAUGUUGGCUGAUAGUCAGCACAGCUUUCAAGCUCAUCUAGGGCAGCCAGGACCCACUUAAUGCGCCUUGGCUGAGCUUCUGAAGAUGAGGAACGAACUUUGAUGACCACCAGACGUCCGACCUGCUUGGACCACUCGGCUUCGGGAACACACCCAGCAGUUACCAGAGACGGGACAUUUGUUUGCUGUAUAACCCAGGAGCCUAAACGUCACAGAACCCACUCAUAGUAUUUAUCAUCAGGGCAACGCUUGUCCAAAGUGUGACUCAAAUGAACAACAGAAGAUAUCCAGCCGUGUUGAUUAAAGAACUCUGCAAAUGACGCACUGAAUUAAUUUAGUUCUACUGAAGAAAACUGAAUUCAAGCAAAACCAAUCAUUUGGUGCUUGAUAUAUAUUUUUGGUUUCCUUUCUAAUAGAGGGGUCUUUUCUGAACCCCUUCCUCCCAAAACUGAAUCCUUCAACUCAUCAACCCAGAUUCCUGAACUUUCUCAGCCCCAUUUCGAGGGCCUCGGGUAUAGCUCCCAAUCACACCGAGGAGGAAUCAUUUCCUCCUCCUCCUAUAAUCUUUAGAACCACCUUUGUCCGCCCAAACAUGGACCUCCACCGGGCCGCCUUCAAGAUGGAGAGCUCCUCCUAUCUCCCUAAUCCUCUGGCCUCCCCAGCUCUCAUGGUUCUGGCUUCCACGGCCGAAGCUUCUCGUGAUGCUUCGAUUCCCUGCCAGCAGCCACGUCCCUUUGGCGUUCCAGUGUCGGUGGAAAAAGAUGUCCACUUGCCAUUCAACAAUGGUUCUUACACUUUUGCAUCAAUGUACCACCGCCAAGGUGCAGUCCCGGGUGGAUUCCCCAACAGGGACUUUCCCCCGUCCCUCCUCCACCUGCAUCAUCAGUUCGCCCCACCUAACCUGGACUGCUCGCCCAUCAGUAUGCUGAAUCACAGCGGCGUUGGCGCGUUCAGGCCUUUUGCUUCACCUCCAGACGAUCGGGACGGGGCACCGGGCGGGUAUCAGUCCGCCUUCACCCCGGCCAAGCGCCUCAAAGGCUGCCUGGACGCAGACGCUUCCCCCCACCUGCGCUACUCCGACGCCGAGGGGAAAGAGUAUGACUUUGGCGGUGCUCAGAUCCCUCCCGGAAGCUCACCCAGCAGCGCUUUGAAAGCAGUCGAGGACAGCGGGAAAAAGAUCUUCGCCGUGUCAGGCCUCCUGUCCGAUCGCGAGACUUCCUCCAGCCCUGAAGACCGCAUCGAGCGCUGUAAAAAGAAGAUGUCCCUGUACGACAGCCAGGCUCCAAUCUGCCCCAUUUGUCAGGUGCUGCUCAGGCCCGGAGAGCUGCAGGAACACAUGGAGACGGAAGUAGAGAGGCUAGCUGCCAUCUGUCUCAGUAAGAACGCCUCACCCAAGGAGCAUGGAGCAGCUACUCCAGGAACCCCCAAGUCGAUGCUGCUGUCCGUACACAUCAAGCGUGAGGGAGAGUCUCCCUUGGUAUCACCCCUGUCGUCCGAGGACGCCCACCACUCCGACAGAUACCAGUCGGCCUGA